GAAACCUCUAAAUCAAAAGGAAAGAAAAAAUCAGAGAGAAUAAGUUCUAAUUUCAAAAAUUUACUAAACCCCUAGGAGAGAGAAAAUAAUCGGAGGAGAAAAGAAGGCAAAAUUCCAGUUCUAAAAGACUCCGAAAGAGAAAAUUUUCUAGGGUUUUGUUUGUAAACGAGAGAGUAAAGGAAAAAACCAUGGAAGGCGAUGAUGAAACAACCUCAGUAACAAUGAUAGAUGAUGAAAUAUACAGUAAUGGUGGUGGUGAAGAUAAACGAAGUAAACCUAAUUUGAGUAGUGAAUUACUAGAUGUAGAAGUAUAUGCAGGUUUAUACAGCGGCAGAACAAAGAUAACGAGACUUAUGUUCGUUGCUGAUAGAUGUGGUAAUCAAGUCAUGAACUUAGAUGCACUAAGAAUGGCUUAUGAUGAGAUUAAAAAGGGCGAGAAUACUAAUCUGUUUAAAGAAGUUGUUGAAAAGAUUGAUGGGAAGUUGGGGAGCGAGUAUUGUUUAGAUCAGAGCUGGGUUGAUAGUGUUGAUCGCAAGGCGGAAGUCAGGAAGGAGAAGCUUGAGAGUGAACUGAAUUCUCUCCAGACAAAUUUGAUCAAAGAGAGUAUCAGAAUGGGGUACAAUGAUUUUGGAGACUUUUACUAUUCCCAUGGGCAUCUCGGCGACGCAUUCAAGAAUUAUACUCAUACUUGUGAUUACUGCACCACUUCAAAGCACAUCUUACAGAUGUGUUUGAAUGCAAUCUUGGUAUGUAUUGAGAUGGGCCAGUUUUCACUUGCUGCAUCUUAUGCUAGCAUGGCAGAACAGACUACGGAAGCGAAUGACCCUGUUAUACUUGCAAAGCUGUGCUGUGUGGCUGGACUAGCUCACCUGGAGAAUAAAACAUAUAAGCUUGCUGCUGGCAAGUUCCUAGAAACAAGUCCAGAAUUGGGAAGUACGUAUGCAGAAGUGAUUGCACCUCAAGAUGUGGCGACUUAUGGUGGAUUGUGUGCACUUGCUAGCUUCGACAAGGCUGAGUUAACGAACAAGGUUAUAGAUAAUCUCAACUUCCAAACUUUCUUGGAGCAAGUACCUGAAGUAAGGGAGAUUAUUAAUGGUUUCCACUCGAGCCGUUAUGCAUCCUGCCUUGAGUUUCUUGAAAAUCUCAAAGCCAAUCUGUUGCUGGACAUUCAUUUACAUGACAAUGUCGAGACAUUGUACAGUCAAAUCCGUCACAAAGCUCUCAUCCAAUAUACUCAUCCAUUUGUGUGUGUUGAUCUUCGUGUGAUGGCUGAUGCCUUUAAAACUGAUGUUUCUGCGCUAGAGAAUGAACUGGUACCAUUGAUCAGUGAGUACCAGAAUCAGUUGAGAUCACAGUCGUCUGCUGCUUCCAUUGAAGUAGAAAAAUGUGCAAAGUUAAGUGUAUAUUAUGAAGAAGCCACAGCAAAGUUCUCGUCUUCGCAGAGGUCUACUAUCCUUAAGCUUGAGAUUGCUAAUGCCAGUGCCAUAUUGAAGGACGCCAAGAUGCUAGACGUCAAGCAGAAAAGAGCUGUUCAAGGAAAGAUGGCUUGCUUAUCCGAUCAGGUGCAGGUGCUGAAAUCUCAUGUGCAUGAUGUGGAUGAAUACAAGUCUAAAAGUGAGCUUGAAAGCCUUUUGAAAGCGGCCAAUUCAGAAUAUGACAAAGCAGUUAAAGCACGUAGGAUAGCCAAGAAGGCAGCAGAUGCUGCUUUGGCGAAAAAAUUCACCACUGAUAUGCAGAGGUCUACUAUCCUUAAGCUUGAGAUUGCUAAUGCCAGUGCAAUAUUGAAGGACGCCAAGAUGCUAGACGUCAAGCAGAAAAGAGCUGUUCAAGGAAAGAUGGCUUGCUUAUCCGAUCAGGUGCAGGUGCUGAAAUCUCAUGUGCAUGAUGUGGAUGAAUACAAGUCUAAAAGUGAGCUUGAAAGCCUUUUGAAAGCGGCCAAUUCAGAAUAUGACAAAGCAGUUAAAGCACGUAGGAUAGCCAAGAAGGCAGCAGAUGCUGCUUUGGCGAAAAUAUUCACCACUGAUAUGCAGGAUCCAAAUGCAAUUAUGUAUGUCACAAGAAAUGGGCAGAAGGUUGCUGUUUGAGAUGAACAAGAGGAACUUAUGUUGAUAUGUCAAAUGACCAAUAUUCGUACAGAAAUCUUAGGUAAAUUAGUUUCAAGAAGAAGUGUUACUGGAAAAGUAUAUCUUGUAAUGUCGUGUACAUACCUAUUGCCUCUGUUAUCUUGAGGGAUCAAAUAUAUGUUAAAAACAACUAUUAACCCCGUGAACCGAAUCAAUUGACAUAUAAAAUUAAGAGUAUUUACUGCCAUGCUCUUUCUCUUGUGAGAGUCGUCCAAAGAAUGGUCAUGUUGAGAUUCCUGCUGCCUCUAUCUAUAGAAUUGUAAUCAACAAGUUGUUACCCAAAAAUAAUAAAAAAA